GGGGCAGCCACAACCUGCACCCAGAGGGGCCGAAGAACCGAAUAGAGAAGCGAGCUGAGCGCGCACCUGGACAGGCCGGGUCAGAUCAUGGCGAGCCCCACGGCGGCAGCGUUGGGGGGUCUGGAGCAACUGCGGAUAUGCGGGGCGGGGGCAGGCCGAGCUCUGGCCGUGCUCACGAGUGGCGGGGACGCCCAAGGCAUGAAUGCGGCGGUCCGGGCCGUGACCCGCAUGGGCAUCUAUGUUGGAGCCAAAGUCUUCCUCAUCUAUGAGGGCUACGAGGGCCUGGUAGAAGGAGGUGAGAACAUCCGGCAGGCCACGUGGCUGAGCGUCUCCAACAUCAUCCAGAUGGGAGGUACCAUCAUUGGCAGUGCCCGCUGCAAAGCAUUUACCACCAGGGAGGGCCGCCUGGCUGCCGCCUAUAACCUGGUCCAGCAUGGCAUCACCAACCUGUGUGUCAUUGGUGGGGAUGGGAGUCUGACAGGGGCCAACAUCUUCCGGACAGAGUGGGGAGGCCUCCUGCAGCAGCUGGUGAAGGAAGGCAAGAUCACUGAAGAUGUGGCCCAGACUUAUUCACACCUCAACAUUGUCGGGCUGGUGGGCUCCAUCGACAAUGACUUCUGUGGGACAGACAUGACCAUUGGCACCGACUCAGCCCUGCAUCGUAUCAUGGAGGUGAUCGACGCCAUCACUACCACGGCCCAGAGUCACCAGAGGACAUUUGUGCUGGAGGUGAUGGGCAGGCACUGUGGGUAUUUGGCCUUGGUAUCGGCUUUGGCGUCAGGUGCCGACUGGCUCUUUAUCCCCGAGUGCCCCCCCGAGGACGGCUGGGAGAACUUCAUGUGUGAGAGACUCGGCGAGACUCGGAGCAGGGGAUCCAGGCUGAACAUUAUCAUCCUUGCAGAAGGUGCCAUCGACCGCCAUGGGAAACCCAUCACAUCCACAUACGUGAAGGAUCUGGUGGUUCAGCGCCUGGGGUUUGACACUCGGGUGACUGUUCUGGGCCACGUGCAGCGGGGAGGGACGCCUUCUGCAUUUGACCGUAUCUUGAGCAGCAAGAUGGGCAUGGAGGCUGUGAUGGCCUUGUUGGAAGCCACGCCGGACACCCCAGCCUGUGUGGUGAGCCUCUCCGGGAACCAGUCUGUGCGGCUGCCACUGAUGGAGUGUGUCCAGGUGACAAAGGAUGUGCAGAAGGCCAUGGACGAGCAAAGGUUUGAUGAAGCCAUCCAGCUGCGGGGGAGGAGUUUUGAAAACAACUGGAACAUUUAUAAGCUGCUGGCUCACCAGAAGCAAUCUCAGGAGAAGAGUAACUUCUCCGUCGCCAUUUUGAAUGUGGGGGCUCCAGCGGCCGGCAUGAAUGCUGCCGUGAGGUCCGCAGUACGAACCGGCAUAUCCCAGGGGCACAAGGUCUAUGUCAUUCAUGAUGGCUUUGAAGGCUUGGCCAAAGGGCAGGUGCGCGAGGUGGGCUGGCAUGAUGUCGCUGGCUGGUUGGGGCGAGGAGGAUCCAUGCUUGGUACUAAGAGAACUCUGCCCAAAACCUGCCUGGAGAAAAUUGUGGAAAAUGUACGGACUUACAACAUCCAAGCCCUGCUGGUCAUUGGUGGCUUUGAGGCCUACGAGGGCGUGCUGCAGCUGGUGGAAGCCCGAGGACAGUAUGAGGAACUCUGCAUCGUCAUGUGUGUCAUACCCGCCACCAUCAGCAACAACGUCCCCGGUACCGACUUUAGCCUGGGCUCGGACACGGCCGUCAAUGCUGCCAUGGAGAGCUGUGACCGCAUCAAACAGUCAGCUUCCGGCACCAAGCGGCGGGUGUUUAUCGUGGAGACGAUGGGGGGCUACUGCGGGUACCUGGCCACGGUGACAGGCAUUGCGGUGGGAGCCGACGCUGCCUACGUGUUUGAAGACCCCUUCACCAUCCAUGACCUGAAGGCCAACGUUGAACAUCUGACGGACAAGAUGAAGACGGAUAUCCAGCGGGGUCUGGUGCUCCGGAAUGAGAAGUCCCAUGAGCACUACACCACAGAGUUUCUGUAUAACUUGUACUCCUCUGAGGGGAAGGGCAUCUUUGACUGCAGAACCAACGUCCUGGGACACCUGCAGCAGGGAGGAGCCCCCACCCCCUUUGACCGAAACUACGGCACCAAGCUUGGGGUGAAGGCCAUGCUCUGGAUGUCGGACAAGUUGCGAGAGGCCUAUCGGAAGGGGCGGGUUUUUGCCAACUCUGCAGACUCGGCCUGUGUGAUUGGCCUAAGAAAGAAGGUGGUGGCUUUCAGCCCAGUCACUGAACUCAAGAAGGUCACAGAUUUUGAGCACCGCAUGCCCCAAGAUCAAUGGUGGUUGGACCUGCGGCUCAUGCUGAAGAUGCUGGCCAACUACCAGAUCAGCCUGACUGAAUACGUCUCUGGGAAGAUGGAGCACGUCACCCGGCGCACCCUGAGCAUCGAGAAGGGCUUCUGAGUGGCGGUGCCGGCCCCAGCCUCCCUUUCCCCAAUGCCUUCCUCACUAGCUCCACUGUGGGUGCACUGUCUGGAGGCAGCUUAGUGUGUAGACACUGACCCCUUGGGGACAUCACUUCCUUGCUGCAUGAAAGGGAGGGUGGUUUCACCAUCCACUGUCUCCGGUCCUUGACAUCGUAGUAUUUGAAGAAAAUGUACCAGACCAAAACCAGGCACUCUGUGUAGUUUGGGUAGCAUAGACUCAGACGGGACCUUCUAGCCAAGUUCCUCAUUGUGUAGGUGGGGAAACUGAGGCUUAGAGUGGCAGAGGGACUUUUCGUUGAAGCUGGAAGGGACCUUAGAGACCCCGAAGGCUGAGCACCUCGUUUGACGGAUAGGGAAACUGCAGCGUGCGGUGGAAUUGUGGAAUCCCUAGACCCGCUAGGAUGGAGGACAAAGUGAAGUUCCCCUAGUCACUCAGCCAAGGAAAGGCCUGGCCUUUAUCCACACUGCUCCUCCCUGGGCCUACUGUCCACACCAGUGUGAGGGAGGACCACCCUUCUCUCUCCCAGGCAUCAGAAAACACUGGCACCUGCUGGGGUUGGGUGGGCAUGGGGCUCUGCCACUUGAGCAGCGAGCUGGCCACCUAUAGCCAGGACCUUGAGCUGUGCAAACAUUCUUACUGUGAUCAUGCUAUGUCUGUGUUAGAUUAAAAACCUAUUGAUGAGCGAG